GCUGGGAGCCUGCUCACCAUGGACACUGUGGAGUACAGCAACUUGGGUGGCGGGCUCAAGGAGGUCCCCACAGGGCCCUGGGGCCGCUGGGGCCGGCGAUUCCUCCUCCUAACCCUGGCUCUCCUGGUCACCACAGUCCUGUGGGCCUUCGUUCUGAGCAUCCUACUUUCCAAGGCCUCCAAGCAGCAAGGGGCGUUGCUGGGUGGCCAGGACCUGCUGAGAACAAACGCCUCGAAGCAGACGGCGGUGCUGGACGCCCUGAAGGACGAGGUCGGAGCCUGCCGCCUGGGGACCCAGGAGCAGCAGAAGAGCGCGGGCGCCGAGCUGCGGGAGGCGCAGGUGAAGCUGCUGCAGCAGGAGAGCGCCCUGAGGGAGCUGAGCGAGCGCGUGACCCAGAGCUUGGCCGAGGCGGGAAGGGACCGCGAGGGCAUCCGCAGUGAGCUGUUCCGGGCGUUGGAAGCCGUCCGAGUUGGAAACAGCUCCUGCCAGCCGUGCCCCACGCCGUGGCUGCCCUUUCGGGGCUCCUGCUACCUGUUCUCGGAGCUGCGGGCCACGUGGGAAGAUUCGCAGCGCAACUGCGCGGGCGCGGGCGCGCACCUGGCGAUCGUGGGGGACCUGGAUGAGCAGGGCUUCCUGUCCCGGAACACACGCGGCCGAGGCUACUGGCUGGGCCUGAGGGCCGUGCGCCGCUCCCGCAAGAUCCAGGGCUACCAGUGGGUGGACGGAGUCCCGCUCGGCUUCAGCCACUGGAACCUGGGGGAGCCCAAUGACGCUCAAGGGCGCGAGGACUGCGUCAUGAUGCUGCACACGGGGCUGUGGAACGAUGCCCCUUGCCACAACGAGAAGGACAGCUGGAUCUGCGAGAAGAGGCUCAACUGCUGAGCCCACCAGUGCCCCCGAGCCACACCCUCCGCUGCGAUGGCUCCAGCUACUCACCUUCCCGGCUUUGCCCGCCACCAUCGGGUCCCCCUCCCCGCGCCCACACCGCCGCCCCCACUACCACUAAGAACUACCCACCCACUCAGCGGAGUGCAGUGCAUGUGCUCUGGGACCUCCUCUCCGCCCUGACCACUAGCCCUCCCGCACGAACAUAACUUUAGCCUCCACCUCUGCCGGAACCCUGGCUCCUGGGCCCCGAUUAGACCCCACCUCCCUAUCUAGCCAAGACCAGGUGCCUGGAAGAUGGAGCUGUUUCCUUGCAUUUUUUCUUAGACUGGGAGGCCUCAAACACAGGGGUUUUAUGAACUGCCCUUGAAGCCCUAAGGAGCAUCAAUAAAUGUCUGAGAUAUAAAUCUUCG